AUGGACUUGCCGUGGAUCAUAGGGUGCAGCCGUCUUCGCGAGGCGAUUAAGAAGAACGACCUCACCUGUUUUGAGUCGGUGUUCGACGCCGACAUUGCUGUGCUACCUAUAAUCACGACGAUCGGGCCGCUUCCCGGGGUCCACUGCAGCGUCGUCGUGGUUCUUCGGCCCGGCGACUUACUGAAGGCCGUCGACGUCGACAGCGAGACCUCGUUCCGCCACCUGGACCCGAAGACUGCAAACCGGCUGCAUUCGUCUGAGGCGCUCGCCGUACUGAGAUUGCCGGACAUUGUGAAGAACGAACAGGUCGGCACCGGAUUGCAUGUUGUGAGCGCGUUCGGAUGGGUGGUCAGAGAGCGCGGAGCCCUGCUCAAGUCACGUGCACCGGCGAGCGCUGAGAACCCGAUGGUUCAGGGGUUGAGGGCACUCAAAUCGGCGCUAGUGGAAUACGUCAAGAGAUGCGUUGCUGAGAGGUGGUCGGCGCCGGCCAAUCACCCUACUGGGCCAAGUACCACCCCCCUCGACGACGACGGAAUCGAAACUAAGACGGCGUCUCAAGCUGGCGUGGAUCGCCUGGUGUAUUCCGGCGCGCACGACACUAGAACUAGCGGUGAUGUUGGCGGCGGUGGCGAGGCCGACUUGGUAGGAGGAGAGGAGCGGAGGGCAGGGUCCGUUGAGGAGUCAUCUACUGACUCAGAGUCAGAGUCGGGAUCCGAGGAGGAGGAGGAUGAAGAGGAGGAGGAGGAGCGUGCAGGGAAGAAGGCUGUUGGUGCUGAUUCAGACACAGACGCCGGCCACGGUGCUGGUCGUGACCCGACGUCGACUGGCAGGACAGGCGCAACUGCAGCGUCGGCUGGGGACAAGCCUCGUAGGAAGGCGCCGGUGCAUGGUCAGCCUGCGUCGACCACAUCUUCAAAGUCCGCGUUUGCAGCCGCACUUGCUCAUGUGAAGCGACUGGAAGAGGAGAACAGGAAACUGAGGGACAAGAAUGCGGGGCUGCGGUCGGAUCUGGUUACCGAGAGGGGUCGGACGGAGGGGUUGUUGGCGACGGCGGCUGAGUGCCUCGCGGCUGUCAAGUCGCUUACCGAACGCGUCGCCGCCGCUGAUCAGACCGCGGGGACACACAUCUCCACAGCCACAGCAGCCAUGACCGGCGUCUUCACCAAGGUGCUGGACGAUCGGGUUGCUCUGGUCAAGGCGUGCAGCAGCAUGGCGACGCCGUUGUUGGGGGAAAUCACAAAGGGCUUGGACAAGCUGGCCGACGCCCGCCGUGAUGCCGACGUGCGGUUGGGGAACCACGUGACCAGCGUGGGGGAUAACAUUAAGGCGGUGUUGGUCGAUUACAUCCAGACCAAGUUAGCCUCAACUUCCACCAACAUCGUCGGCGGCUUAUCCCGCAGCAUCGCGCCGCCCCCGCCCGGUCCAUCCCCCGCGCUGCCUGAAGAAGUCAUCAAAGCAAUGAGGGAUGACAUUGUUCAGGCGGUAACCGCGGUCACGCAGCAGGCGCUGGGAACCGCCGGCUUCACGCUUCUGCCCAACGUGGUUGCUACAAUGAGGCUGGGGCGGCAUGGUUCGUCCCCAUCGGCCGGCGACCUAGAGACCACGCAAAGGCAAAGGCCGGAAAAAAGGGCUGGCAGCGGAAGUGCAGCCGACGGCGACAACGCGGGAAAUUCGAAGCGGAGUAAAGGUGUUGGUGGGGAGCGAGCAGUCGGCGGCGACGUUCCAGAUCGUGCCCAGUCCGGUUCUCCCGUCCUCGACAUGCUGAGGAGAAAAGGGGCGACAACUCGGCUCCUUGGCCCGCAAAGUAGAGGCGGAGCCGGCAGCAGCUCGGAGGGCAGAACUGCCGCCGAUGAGGGUGUGCGAGUUGGCGGGUCUUCCACUCAUGGCGGUGGAAGGAAAGGUCCAGAGAUUCCACGUCAUGGAGCAAGCGAGGUAGCACCACCGCCGUCCGAUCGUGGUAACGUCGCCGUUGAAUCGGUUGAAAUGCAGGCCGGCGCGACGAUACCUACCAUCAACACGGCGACCGGUGCCAGUACCAACGCCGGGUUGUUCCCGACAGGCGUUGAUCGCGGGCCGCCAUUCAAAGUUGAGGCUCCGUCAAUCGGCGAUCAGACUCACCAGGCUCCUGUGGUCGGCGUGGGGGGGGACACGGGCGCCCUCGGCGUGGAGGACACGUGCGCCCUCGGCGUGGAGGAUGAUCCCGUGGCGAGAGCGUUGAUGGAGGAGCUUCUUGCUUUUCAGGCGCCAUCGCAGCACGCCAUCGACAACGCCGCUGUCCCAACAACUCGCGAGGGGGGCGUAACCUGUCGCCGGUACAGCACCAAUAGCCCCGACGAUGGUGCGGGGGAGAUCCCUCUCAUCAUCGAGGACGAGGAUGUGGAAUUGAUACAAGCGGCGAUGGAAGCAGACGAAGUUGCCGCACUUCAGUCUGUGGGAGGUACGUCGGGCAUCAGUGGCAUGGACGGUCGGCCUGCCGGUGUUACAGCGUCCACCCAGGCCGGGCAGACCGUGCAGCCGGCCCGUUUGGCGUCCACUGGCGUCAGUGUAGCCGGCCAGGCUGUUCCGCCCAUACAGAAUCAUCCUGCCGGCUUCAUACAGGUGGAUAGGGCCUUCCAGACCGGCCCGAGCGGCGUCACUGGUUCUGACCAGGCUGGUCUGGCGGGACAGUCCACUCGGCCCACCGCCGUUACAGUGGCUACUCAGGCCGGCCAGGCCGGGCCUUCGGACAGGUCGGCGGGCGUCACUGUUGUGGACCUGGCGGGUCAGGCGGGGACGUCCACUGUUCUGGCCGGUGGACCAGUAGGUGAACACGCCGACAAGGAUGGACAGACCGAUCGUGCGGCUGGAGUCGGCGAAAAAAAGAAGAAACGGAAGGGUAAAGCCUCCGCGUCGCAGAAGGCCGUCGUUCCGAAAGAUCGCAGGGGGCAUGGUAUUAGGCUGGACAGGACGAGCGGUGGUGGGUGGCAGGGCGAGGUGAACCUGGCUGGAAAGAGUCGCUACACGGGGAGAUCGGACAACAGGAUGGAAGUGGCGUACCUCAACGGCGUUGCGACGACCAUCUUCGACGGACACGCCAGCCAAGUCCUGUUGGCCGAAAUGACCGGCGUUAAAGCCGAAGAAAUGACGCGAUGGAAGGCGGAGUGGGAGGAGGCGAAGGUGAUGCCGAAGGGUAUGUGGACGGUGAUGUGGUCCCACGGCGCCACCAUGUUUCGUGCACGGUUCCAGAAAGUCCUCGCCGACUUCAAACAGAAGAAGUCAUCAGGGCCCCCGCUGAUGAAAGUGCUGAGGCCGGCGGUGUGGUUCGGCACUGGUUGGGAGCCGGCCAAGCGCAAGCAGCAGCUCAGCGACGUCAUCAACCGCGCUUGCUUGUGCGCGGCGUUUGGGCCAGUCACGGCAGAUGCUGUCCCCAAAACUGGUGCAGACGCCAAGCGCAUAGGCCAAGCUGUCGCUGCUUCAUCUUGCGCCGUCUGGAGCUUCGCCGAGACCGUGGCCGAGGUCGGCAAUGCGGCGGGUGAAGCGAAGGCGGCGGCACUGCUGUGUGAAGCGAGAACCGAUUUUGCUGACACUUGUCACGACGUUGUGGUUGCGGUGCUAGAAAUGGCGGUUGCGAGACAACCCGUCCUGGGAGAGGUCUCGUGCAACGUCACCGAUGCACUGCAGAAGGAUGCUCUUCGGAAGGCGUGCAAGGGCUGUGACCCCACACCCGACGCCGAGAUUAUCGCGAGGGCGACUAUCGAGACCCUCGCUUUCUGGGGGUCGUGCAACGCCGGCGGCCCCCUUCUCCGAGCACGCGGCAUUCAAGUGCCGCUGGACAAGCAGAUGGAGAAGGAUAUGGAUAACAGGGGAAAGAAGGGACAGAAGGGGAAGCACGCCACGUAG